CAUCGGAGGAGAACCCAAAAUAGAAAAGUUAUGUGGGACCGUCGGCUGACCCAGUAUUACUUUAGUAGAACGACGUCGCGUAAGCUUGUUCCCGCGCCAGAGAGAGCAUUGAAGCAGAGUGGAGCUUCUUAUAGUCAUAUCCAUCAACUUUUCCACACACAAAUAUUUCUCUACUCACUACUUAGAGUUUCUUCUAGCUAGUUCUGAGAAAUGGAAGGAGUCGGGUCAAGACUGGGUCGGGCUUCAUCAAGAUACGGGUCAUCAGCUCCAGUAUUUACCGGUCCAGUUAGAAAAUGGAAGAAACAGUGGGUCAGUAGUACUACUCAGUCCAACAACAACAGCGUACGUGGCACCCGCAACGCUAACAACAACGUUGGUGGGCACAAACUAAUGCUCUGCCGUUGGACCCCUCGUUCCGACAACGACACUCCUAAACGGAAGUUUCGUUAUGCACCUAUUGUUGACUUGGAAGAAAAGAAAAAGGAAGCUUCUGACAACAAAGCUAAAACAAGGAAGCUAAAUCAAGCUAUCACAAGUUCAACACCAAACGAUAAUAUCUUGAUGAAACAAAGGAUCAAUGAUAUCUUUGAUGAAGAUUUUGAGGAACUGAGGACAGAUCAACCCAUUCACACAGAAAGCGAGCUAAAUUAUGACUUGUGCUUGGAAGGCUAUGAUUGAGCGCUGGGACUAUUGGCUGUUUCUUUUGAAGGCUGACAAUUCCACUUAAAGUUAUUGACAUAGAAUGCAGUGGUGUUUAGGUCCAAAUGAUUGUAAAUAUAGCCCUCUAGUUUGCGUGCCUAUCGUAGAUUCUAGUGGCAGUUAAAGUAUGAAUGGUUGUAGAUAUAAACCUCUAGCUUUUUGUGCCCAACUUAGAUUCUAGUGGCAGCUAAAGUAUAGAUGAUUGUAAAUAUAACCUCUAGUCACUUUUGAGGACUUGCUAGCUUGCAUCAUAGUCGUAUAUUUCCUUCC